UUAUGACAACCGAGGGCGUUUCAUGUAUGUUUCAGUUUGGGAAACUGCAAGUUAUUGAACGUCUAAUCGUGGCAUGUAACGUCGCAGGGGCUGGCGCUGAUAUGUGGUCGCUGCGUUGUAGUGAGGUCAGCAAGAUGCGGUGCUCACGGACCACAGAUGGUGCUAGUUGGCGUAGGGAACAUGCAGUUUGACAGCGGCAACUAGACAGGAUGUUAUGCAGAAUCAUCAACACACCGGGGAUAUGGGGUGCUUAAUUGCUGUGAAUGAAUAGAUGAACGACGUUGAAGUUUGAUUGCCUGAAGGUUUAUUUUGAGAUUCAGUGCGUAGUUUCUUGCUCCUCUCUUGACCAAGUAGGCACUUGACUUGAUCUGGUUGGAUCCUUAUGCACUCCACCUUUCGGAUAUCCUUGGAGCACGAAGGUUGUGAAUAUAUGAUGAAGUUUAAACCCAACCAGACGAGGAUUUAUGAUGGCGAAGGUUUCAAGAGAAGAGCGGCAUGUUUAUGUUUCAAAAAUGAAAAAGAGGACGAGGUGUUGCUGGUGAGCAGCAGUCGGCACCCAGACCAGUGGAUUGUCCCAGGAGGAGGGAUGGAGCCUGAGGAGGAGCCGUGUGGAGCAGCAGUCAGAGAGGUGUAUGAAGAGGCUGGUGUAAAAGGAAAGCUUGGCAGGCUACUGGGGGUUUUCGAACACAACCAGGACAGGAAACACAGGACGUACGUCUAUGUCCUGACUGUGACAGAGACCUUGGAGGACUGGGAGGAUUCUGUCAACAUCGGUAGGAAACGGAAGUGGUUCAAGAUCGACGAGGCUAUCCAGGUGUUGCAGUGCCACAAGCCUGUCCAUGCGGAGUACCUGCGCCGACUCACAGUCACCUGUAACCCCACCUGCAGCUCUACCUGUUGUGACCCCACCAAUGGCAACACCUGGGUCUCCCCCCUGACGGACGACAAAGCCCCUCACUACGUCACCUCCACACAGGGGACAGAUAGAGGACCACCCUUGGUCAACAGAUAGGAAAGACAUCGCAAUCAAAGGAACCAGCAUCAUAAGAGGACCUAGCCUAGGUGCCAGUCUGUUUCUGCCAUCUUGCCAACUCCUUGUGGUCAUGUUUGGCUUUCUAUCAUCAGAAUGACAUCAACCUCCGAGUCAGAGGUCUUUUGUUUCAAGUUAUUCUUAUUCUACAUUUUGAUUCCAUAAAGUCAGUCUACUAUGUUCUUUGGUCAAUGCAGCCCUUUGGUGAACUGCUUUCUACGGGAAGUAGCUCUGGUAGGCCAAUAGAAGGUAGUGUUCGCUCUAGAAAGGCUCAUGUCCUUUAUGUCAAAACCCCAAUUGCUGCUUAGUGAGUCUCAUAACUUUAAGUCUUCACUGCCAAAGUACAUUUCAUAGAGAUCUCCGGUUGAACAAGUAAAUAACUUAUUUGGUAAAGUGAUAUCUAAUUUUUAGUUACCCAUUUCCUACUGCUUAUAGUUGUAUAAGUAGCACCAUUUCCAUGUCCUUACGAGCUGUUUUCUAGUUUACAUAGUGAGUUUGAAAGAGCAGCUUUGGCCUAGAAACUGGAUCAUUUAAAAGACUGUUUGCUUAUCUACAACCACACAGUAUUGCGCAAGAACAAAAGAUUUGUACAUAUUUAUUUUUAGAAUAUAUGGAAUACAGCCCAAUAAUUGUUUUAACAAAUAUUUUUUGAGUGGGAAAAUGUUUUAAGUGGGAACAUAUUCCAAGUUACAUCGAUAUUUUUCUGUGAGGGCUAUAAUAUAACUUACAGGGAUAUUUUUCUGUGUCGGCCUGCAUGAUUGACUAGUGAAAGCAUAAAGGCCUGUGACUGACAUGUCUUUCAAACGGAACACAGAACAGAGUCCUAUCAAGUGUCUUAACAGCCAUAGUAACCUGUGUAAUGUGUGUCAAAUUCAUAAGAUGUGAAUGUGGGCACUGGAAGGGAAAACAGAUCAUUUUAGCACAGAUACUUUUACUAGCCUGGUGAAACCUGCCUGAUUGUGUGAUAGCUCACAUUUUGUUUCACUUGACAAUUGAAAAAAAAAACUAAAUGUGAGUACAUCGGUCAGUCUGCUUGACCAGGCUAUUUUUUUGCUGGAGGAGAAAUAGAUUGUCAUAGAACGGUUUGAGAGGGCUUGUGCCCUGAGCUGAUUGUCAAGGAGACUAUGAUGCUUUUGCAUUGUAUUUAGAAUGUAUGUGAGGAUUUAGCAAGUGUUGCCAAAAUGACUCCAUUUUGUUAAUGGUACAUGUUUUGAUAUGUACAUUAUUAUUGAGAAAUAUGAUUUGUUUUUCAAGGGGACUCCCCCCCCCCCCCCCCCCCCCUAUAAUCAUUAGAAUUUGGAGGAAUUAAACAGGACAGAGCAUACACAAGAACAUCUGCUCUGGCAGCUCUGGCUUUGACAUGUAACUGAAAGGAUCAAAAACGGAUGCUAUUAUAUAAAGUCUAGUAAAGACAUUAAAAUAGCAUGUGUUAGUUAUUUUAUCUUUCCAAUCAAAGUGAUUGAGGGUUACGCAACUGCAUGUGUACACAAAUGUGUACCCAUAAUGUGUUCUCUGCUCUUCACUCUCGUUCUUAAAUAAAGAUACUGUGUUUAAAUAUCUAAA